AAACACACCACGACUGGUGAAACACCAGCAACUCUCUUCAUUGGACGAAAUUUACGCACACGGUUAGACUUGAUCAAACUGGAUAUUCGAAAGCAUGUUAUAGAGAAACAAGUCAGCCAAGCCAAACCCAAAGGUGAUAUUGCUGGUAAUGCAGUUAGUGUCAGAAAUUACAGAGAGAAGGAAAAGUGGAUUCAAGGAAUUGUGCGUGCUCGAACCGGACCAGUGUCAUACCAGGUCGAGAUUGCACCAAAUGUUAUCUGGAGGAGAUACAUCGAUCAAUUACUUGCCUCGGAGAACAUAAACGACACUCAAGAUGUCGAACCAGUUACAGAUAUUCCAG